AUGUCUACAACUUCAAUUAAUUUCAAUGUAAAGAUAUCCGGUAUUUUAAUUGAACUACAUUCUAAAGAAUAUAAGAAUCUUUUGUUUCAAUGUGAUAUCGGUGGUCUAAAGAAAUUCACUUGCUCAAAAGAUGUACAUAGUUGCUCAUCGUUUGACUUUGAAGAUGAGUUUGAAAUGAGUUGUAUUCUAGCGAUCGAUCAGUUGCAAUCACUGAAAUUCAAAUGGACCGUCUCAGAGAGUGGUAAACUAUUCGAUAACAUCGUUGGCCAGGGCUCGGUUGACUUUGUUACCGUUGCAACCGGUCCUAUUAUGCAGUGUUCAAGUCUCAUUCAUUCAAACAGCGGAACCGUCGUUGGAAAUAUUACAUUCUGGACGUUCAUGACACAACUCUCUGACAUUGUUGUGUUGCUUCACGAUGUGUCGUCUGUCGAUAUGCCUGUGGAGAGCAUCGAUGCCAACUGCGGCUAUAGAAUCGAUAUAUUCGUUGGCAAUGAAGAUGAAGCUAGUCAAGUCGGUCACUCGAAAGAGACUCGUGGUAAAUUGAAAUGGAAGAAAUCGGAAGCGGUCUAUAUGCGUGGAGUACCACCACAUCAACUCGCAGAUUCCAAUCUUUUCGUAAAGAUACGUAGUAUUCAUCGAAAAGGUAGGGAAAUAACGAUUGCCGAUUCAAAACUACCAUUGAUUUCGGUGCUUUCCACUAUCUCUUGGAAGAAACAACAUCUUCGCGAAUCAACGGCGAGCGUCACACAGACUCUGACGAUCGAUAUGAAGAAAUCCGGUGUGAAUAUAGGCAAGAUGAAAAUGACACUGAGCAUCGACGGUGUACCAAUGCUCUGUCAACAGAUAAAGACACUCAACAAAGAUCGUAACAAUCUCAAUCCCUAUCAAACCGAUGCUAUUGCUAAUAACAAUCAUCGUUCUUCUUUUGCGGCUGGUGGUAGAAACACACCUUGGGGAAUCAACAGAAUCUCCAAGCAAAUGUCAGAAGCCAAUCUUCUUGCACUCGUCAAGGAAAGAAAAGAUAUCGAUCCACUGUUUACACCUGCAAGUAAAUCUACACUUGAAAAAGCACUGGUUCUUCCACCGGCACCACCGACAAACUUGGCAAUUCACUACGAUCGUCAGAAAUCACCAAGAGACACCAGUACUGGCUACGACCCAAACUUGGAACUACCAGUGGUAAGAAAGAUUCAACUGAAUCAUAUAAAAUCAUAUGCAGUGAUAAGAGCAAUACUUUGUUUGUAUUCAAACAAUGUCGCCAAACCACAUGAUGUUACGAUCGAUGAGAAACGUGUUGGUCCAAUGGUAAGAGAUGCAUUUGGUUUGACACAGGAGCAAUACGAUGAGGUUUCCUCAAAGAUUAUGGAGUAUUCGCCGGUAGAUGUAACUGCAGCCGAGUUACAACUUCGAUAUGCUUGGCGUGACAAUCAUCCUCUCUAUCGAUCCGAGCAGUUUCGUGAUCCCGACGGUCAUGAAAAGUGGAAACACGAUGAGAUUCAACAGAUUUCAAAGUUGUUGGCUGACAGUCAGGUCAAGGUGUCAAAGCCAUCGGUUCGUGAUAUCUUUGGAUCGACUUUGAAACGACACACUCUCAAUGCACAAGAUUCUGAUAAUAAUAACGACAAUGACGGUGGUGGCAUACAUCGUGGAUACAAAGAACUCGUUCGUCACUUUGUCGAUUCGACUCAAGGCGAACUACCAGAGAGUAACAACAAUCGAUUCCUCCCACUCAAACCCGAUAUCAUUCCACAGAAGAGUCAUGAUAACAACUUUACACUGAAACCGGAAUUCUCUUGGAUUCUCAAAGAAUAUUGUCAUAUCUAUGGAAUAAGAGAUUUCUAUAGAAAUUUGGUUGUUUUCUCUAUUUUAUCGGAGCGUUUCGAUGAUUCCGUUGUACAGCUGAAUGCAAUCUAUGGUUGUUUCGGUAAAUUGAUAGAGAUUCAAAAGAAUCAUCCAAAGUCAUUGACCAUCAAAGAGGAAGCAAAGUUUCACAAGAUUUGCAACAAUCUGUUGGAACAGCUACAACAUCGUCUAUCACACUACAGACUUUGUUUCAAACCAGAAGAGAAUGUAAGACUUCAUAAACAAAGUGGUACCGCUGCUCUAUCGAUGGUGCUGCGUCUGAUGGACAAGAUAAUACGUUCGAUGGAUUGGAAGAAUAUGGUACUUUCGAAAAUGGUAAAGUCAUCACUGAUCGAAGCAACCGAGAAGGAAUAUCGAAUUCAUCGUAGUCGUUAUGAAUAUCUAUUGGCAGAGGGUAGUAGUAACGAUAAUAACAAUAACAAUGACUGUGUUGAGAUAUUCGCAUUAUCAUUGGCAAUUGCUGAUAUUUGCAAGUGGUUAGACGAUGACUUUAAUCUCUACAACCAAGUUACCAAUAGCUAUCUAGACAAGGAAUUACACAUUCAAAUCGUCAUUGAAACAUUUGUCAAAUUCAUCAACAGUGAUCUAUCUUUGAUUGCACAGAAAUUCAUGCAUAUCGAUGUUAGAAACAAUCAGAAAUUGGAAACACCUGCCUGGCUGACUGGUAUACUUGUUGAACUUGUACCUAAAAUGAUAGAAUUUAAUCAAAAGACAACUAGUUUUAUUAAAAAGAUAAUGUUACCAUUAGAUCAGAAUCUAUCGUUCUUUUCAGGAAAUUUUGUGUUGAGUAGUGUAAAUCUGCUAGAGAGAUUCAUUGAAUCAAUCAUAAAGAAACAAGACUGGGCACCCAAUGGUAAAGACAUUUCACAUACCUCUGCACCCAUAGACCUUUUCACUUAUAUUUGGCAAUGUUAUAAAUCAAUUAAAUUUGUUGAAGAUAAAUUAUCAUUCCAAGUACCUGUACUUUUAAAAUCAUUUGGUGUUCAAUUGGAUAAUACAUUUUAUCUUUAUAUAAAAGGAUUAAGAUUGAAUAUGCUAUCGGAAUUGGAUAAGAAUCAUCAAAUGUUUGUAACAACAACAAUUGACAAUGCUCUUAGUUCAAAGAAAAAGGCAUCGACUCUUUUGACUUUAUUAUUGGAUAAUAAACCGAUUAUACCAAUGUCAACUAUUUUUAUAACUGAAAAGAUGUGUUUACAAAUAAAUGAUAUAGAUGAAGCAAGAGGAUUAUUGGAUGAAUUUGAUUUGGAUAAUGAUGGUAUUUUCGGAGAUUCAUUCAGAGAUUUAUUUAAAUAUCUUAAGUUCCAUUGGAAAUCAUUAAUAGCUUAUUUCUGUUAUUUGAUGGAUUAUAAAAUUAAACCAAUGGUUUGUAACAUAUUAUAUGGAAAGGAAAUUAUAAGUAAAGAUUUAGAAUCAUUUAUAGCCUUCCUAGAUUCACAUAUCAAAGUUUGUUAUGUAAUUUUAUAUCCAAGAUUAUUCAAAAAAUUCUUGAAAUAUUUAUUUAAAAUGAUUAUAAUUAAUAUUAUAAAUGUACUAUUACCAAAAACCUAUAACAAAAAGAUAUGGACUUUGAAAAUACUUUCAAAUAUCGAAGUGUUGAUAGAUAAUAUUAUUUAUAUAUUCCAUGUCAGUUCAAAUGAAGGUUUGACAUUUGCAUACAUCAAGAAAGAACUACGAAGAGUUCAUUCCAUCAUUGAAUUAUUUUCAUUCUCUGUCGAUCAACUCAAACAAUACUACAGAAUGUUGGUCGAAUCACAGAAACUAAUGAAUAUAAAGCAAACCACCAACUCUUCGGAUUGUCUAAAAGUAAUGGAAUAUUUCAAAGAUGAUAAAGAUAUGGAUCAAUUCUUAAAGAAAAUUGCAAAAGUUAAAUAA